AUGUCCCUCGUGCUACGGGAAGCGCACUUAGAAGAUGCUAGUGCAAUGGCACAGGUCAUGGUAGCCGCUUACCAAGAUCAUCCAAUAUGGAAACGGAUGAUGCACUGUGUACCGGUUCCCGAUCAGAUUGACUUUGUGGAGAAGACACUCCGUCAACGUUUGGGAUCAAGUGGUACUUUCUCAUAUACGGUCAUUAUUGAUGCAGAUUUCGGGCGGCUGACCUUUGAGGCCAUGUAUGCUAGGCGGAUUGUUGCAUGGACUGGACUGAAGCUCCCGAGCCACGAGUAUAUCUCGGACGAAAGUGUGGAACGGCAGACAGAGAUAACACUGCCGAAUGGUGUUGACAAAACGGCGGCAAAGGACUUUUUCGAGGCGUUGUCGCCUCCCCUCGAAAAGUACGGGUAUAAUCCAAAAGAACAUGGCGGUAUGUGGGACUUCCAAAGCCAAGAAUAUGACAACUAA